GACUGUCCCCAGCUGGUGCCCACAGAGGAGAUCCUGAUUCCAGUCGGGGAGGUGAAACCAAUCACCCUUAAGGCUCGAAACCUGCCGCAGCCACAGUCCGGCCAGCGAGGCUAUGAGUGCGUCCUCAACAUCCAGGGUGCCAUCCACCGGGUCCCCGCCCUGCGCUUCAACAGCUCCAGCGUCCAGUGCCAGAACAGUUCGUACCAGUAUGACGGGAUGGACAUCAGCAACCUGGCCGUGGACUUCGCCGUGGUGUGGAAUGGCAAUUUCAUCAUUGACAACCCUCAGGACCUGAAAG